CGAAAUUCAGAACAGGUGGGCGUGGGAAACACCAAGACUACCAAGAUCAUUCAGAAGACGCAGCACAGAAGACAUAUAUAGGUGCCGUUCAAGGACCUCCAUACGACCCAUAUCGUUCCCGCUUCGCAACUCUGGGCGUGAAUAGCGCAUCCAACGCACAUAAGUCAGAAUGUCGGUGACAAUAUCGCACCCGACCAUCGUGGCCAAGACAGUGACGCUGAAGACGACGCCAUCCACACCGCUCAAGCAGCUGGUGGUGGACGCCGUCACAAAGUGGAACCUAGGGAAUCCUGAUGGCUUUGGGCUCAAGCAUGGAAAGAACAUCCUGGACCUUACGUUGAACAUCCGGUUUUCCAACCUUGCUCAGGGUGCAAAGCUUGCUCUGAUACCAACGCGAGCUGCCGCAAGUGGACCGGUCACGGUUGCCUUGCAGACGCCAGAGGGCGGGAGACUUGUAGACAAGUUCCCGGUGGCCACGACAUUAUGGACCAUUCUGACGACCUGGGAAGAGCGCGAUGCAAAUCUGAACAUCACGCGAAAGACAUCCGUCGAGGAACGCGGGAUGAAGAAAGUGAAGAAGGAGGUGUACCAAAUGCCGGUCUGCAUUUUCAUGAACAAGGAGUACAGUACCAUCCAAGCGCUCCAAUCCACAACAUUACAAAAUGCUGGGCUCACAACUGGAAAUGGAGUCAUCCGAGUCUUGUUGAAACCGACGGAUAUGACGAUCGAGGAAGCUCUUCAAACGAACGCUCCCUCCCCUCCGGCGAUACCGUCUUCGACCGUGGACGACAAGAAUGCGGCUCCGUCCGCUGUUCAACCGCCGGCUGUUCCGACAAGUGCGCAAGCUGCACCUCCAACACCCCCUUCCCCAAAAACAACCAUAGCUAAUGCUGAACACCCUACACCGAUGGAUAUCUCUGAUGCGGCUCCUUCAUCGAUGCCUCCCUCCAUCCCUAUGGAAAUCGAUGGAACUCCGGACAUCAAAGCAAAUGGGAGUUCUCAACAAGAACAACCGACAACAAUAGCCGUCGUUGAGACCCCAGCCGCGGCAUCAGAACCCAUGGAUAUCAGCGACACUACCGAGUCCCACACCUCGCAAGCCGAUGCCGCGCAAGUUGGGACUGAUCACGGGCGGAAUCACCCUGCGCCAGGACCCGCAAAUCAAAAUGAUACGCCCGUCACGCAGAGUUCAGCCGCAGAGCCGUCGAAAGGCUUCGACAGGGGUGUCCAGGUGUUUGCGCCUCCACCUGUCGAUGCUCCAUAUCAUCAAGUUGAACUCCCAGACUCAUUCUACGACCUCACGUCGACGGAGCUGAAGCUACUUCUUGCGAGUACCUCUAGCUCUCUCCUCGCCAACGGCAGCUCCUCGUCCAGAGAUGCGCCUCUAAUGACCCGGGCGAUGCGUGAGCGGGAAGCCGCGUUGAAGCUGAAGAAGCACCCGAAGACAUUGAUCAGGGUCAAGUUUCCGGACCGGGUCAUGGUGCAAUUGAGCUUUCUGAGCAGCGAAGCAGUGCAAACGCUGUAUACGUGCCUCACACCAAUGCUACGGACGCCCACGCCACGCUUCACACUGUACAUUACACCUCCAUACCAGGAACUGGAUCCACGGCAGACAUUCUGGGAGGCAAAACUAGCCCCAAACUCCAUGGUUCAUUUCAAAUGGGCCGAGGAAGCAGCAAACGAACACAACGCCGAUGGCUCCGCGGAAUAUCUAAACGAGGAGUGGAAGGGCAAACUGUCGCCGUUACCUGUACCAGAAACUGCGGCCUCUGCAGGCGUCCUGGGCGGAAUCGGGGUCGCAGCCGCAGUAUCAGCCGCCGGACUCACUGGCGGCAGUAACGCACGCAACGGACCGACCACCUCUUCAUCGUCCACAUCCCCGACUUCAAAACGGCCCAAAUGGCUGCCCAAGGCGUUCGGCAACACUCUGAGCGGCAGUAAGAAAUCGCCGUCGUCGUCUUCUGAAUCUCUGCAGCAGCAGCAGGGGUCGUCGUCUUCGUUGUCGGAGCAGGAUCAGCAGCAGCAUGGGUUGUAUGGAGACGAACGCGACGGACAUGGCUCGUCGUCGGCGCAGAGGAGCCCGCCGCCGACUGGACGACCGAAAUGGUUCAAGAUGGGUAAAUAGGGAGAUAGUUGUAAUGAGCGUAUUGGGUGUAAAUAUGUAGAUAUGGAGCAAUCUGGAAAAUGAUCUUCUCAGGAGGAUAUUGGGGUGUCUGAUGCGUUCUGGUGUGUCGGCGGAGAGGGGCCCAGAAACCUUCCUGAAUGGCUCUGGUAGCCCACCAGCAACCUCAUGUAUGUGUAGUAGA